AUGACUGAUUUUACGAGUUGGAUCGAAGAAAUGGAACUGCAUGAUCCUCACAUGAGUGGAGGAAAAUUCACAUGGUUCAGAGGAGUUAACCAUCCUAGUGCGGCUAGACUCGAUAGAUUCUUGUUCUCUAUGGAGUGGGAAGAGAGCUUUAAGAACAUUAAACAAAAGCUGAUGCCUAGAGCAGUGUCUGAUCACAGCCCUGUCACUCUAGAAUGUGGAGACUGGGAACAUAAAAGAUCAAACUUUAAGUUUGACAAUUGGUGGUUAAAAGUGGAGGGGUUCAAGGAAUUGGUACAUUCAUGGUGGAAUGAGUUCACUGUGGAAGGAUGUCCAGAUUACAAGCUAAAUGUUAAACUUAGAAUGCUCAAACAUAAGCUGAAAGAUUGGAGCAAAACCAAGUUCAGGGAAAUGACCAACAAAAAUAACAGUUUACUAGAAGAAUUGGCAGGAAUUGAUCUGACAAUGGAAAGCAGGGACUUGUCUGAGGAAGAAAUGAUGGUAAGAGCAACCAUUGUAGUUGAAUUGGAAAAUAUGGCUAAAAAUGAGGAAGCAAAAUGGAGACAGAAAUCCGGAGUGUUGUGGUUGAAGCAGGGUGACAACAACACAGUUUUUCCAAAGAAUGAAUCAGAAAGUUGGAGGCCAGGUUUCGACAUGAUAGAUUGCCCAACCAUUUCACAAGAGGAACAAGAUUGGCUUCAAAGACCUUUUUCUGAAGAAGAGAAAGAGUUAUUUGAAAAGUCUUUUAAUGCCACCUUCAUAGCCUUAAUACCAAAGAAAGCUGGAGCUGAGGAGCUUGAGGAUUUCAGACCUAUCAGUCUAAUAGGAAGUGUCUACAAGAUACUUUCCAAGCUUAUUAUUGAAAGGUUGAAGUCUGUUAUGGGGAAAUUAGUAAAUGAACAUCAAAUGGCAUUACUAAAAGGCAGGCAGAUUAUGGAUGCGGUUCUCUUAGCAAAUGAAUUAGUGAAUUCCAGAGAGACAAAAAAUUCCAGGGAUCUUAUGCAAACUUGA